AUGAAGGCUCUAACUCUCCUCUCCAUCUGUGCUCUUCUCUCAGUGUGCUGGUCCAUGGGAGCGGUGGAACCCGAGGUUGUCGUGGACCCCGAUGCCGACACAGCUGCCGAUGCCGACACAGCUGCUGAUGUUGCACCUGCUGACCCUGCCGCUUCUGAUUCCUCCUCCGCUUCCGACUCCUCUUCCUCCUCUGAGUCCGAUUCCGCCUCAUCUGACUCUUCCUCAGACUCUUCAGCAUCCGAUUCAUCAUCCUCAGAGUCCUCUGAAUCCUCUGAGUCCUCACAGUCUUCAGAGUCCUCUGAAUCUUCCGAGUCCUCUGAGUCCGACUCCUCUGCAUCAGACUCUGGCUCUGACUCUUCUUCUUCUUCAUCAUCAUCCUCAUCUUCCUCAGAGUCAGCCAGUUCUGAGGCUAAUCCAGUGGUGAUGAAGAGAGAUCUGGCUGCUGUUCUUCUGAGAAGCAGAAGAGCCGCUCCAGCUGGUAACCUCUCCCCUCUGCAGCUGGAAAGCCUCAGAGAGGUGUGUGAGCUGAACGUUGCCUGCGACGAGAUGGCCGACACUUCCGGCAUCGUGGCCGCGUACACCGCCUACUACGGUCCCGUCCCUUUCUAA